CCGUUACGUUCGUGUGUUAUAAAGUCGUUCGAACCCGUGAGCAAGAUGUCGGUUCUUUUGUUGCUUUUACUAGCUGGGACCACGUUGGCCCAGCCGGAACAAUCUGGCCAACAGUCGCAGCAACAACAAGCAGUGAUCAAACCUAUCACCGCAGUAGAAAAACCUCUGCAGCUCGAAAAUCCAGCGUACGAUCCAUCGCUAUACCAAAAGUUCCUGCCACAGGAUGCUGUUCAGCAGUACGUUCACUCCUACACCGGCCACCCGUACCCGGCGUCACCCUACUUCGGUGGUGCCCCGUUCGAUUCUGGCACCGCAUUCGCUGCCAUUCCGACCGGCGGAUUCGAAGGGUUUCUCAUUCCGGCCCCGAUGGAGAAAGAUUCACCGUCACUGCUCACCUCAAUGCGCACGUUGCUUCCCAGUGCACGAUCGUUGGUUACGUUUGUGGGUCGCCUAGUGUCCGUGUUGGUCGGUUCGGUCGGAGUGCUGUUCUUCGGCACGAUUCUCACCUCGCUGACCUGUUUCUUCACCCCAUUCUGCACGCUGUCGUUCCGCAAUGCCAAAUUUCUGACCGGCACUCAGGAGACGGCCCAAGACAUCGUACAAACCGUCGGCGAACAGAUCACACCCGAGCGCGUUAAGCGUGCAGCCGAAUUCCUGUACACUGCGAUCGAUCGCUUCCAGCGGCUAAAUAACGUCGUAAAAGAGGCCACCGAGCGGAAAGCGGCCGCUAGAAGUUGAACCAGAAUAGU